GUACCCGGAUGUUUUGAAAGUGGCGACAGCAGCGUGGUUUAUUUUCAUCUUAUUUUACAGAAUUAAAAAUAUUUUAAAGUCUAAAAUCAUUUAAUUUUAACUGUAAUUUCCACCUACACGAGGACCAGGGGACUUUCACACAGACUGAUCCCAGCCUCAGAGCCUUAUGUGGGGCUUCGAACUGCUACCGGUCUCUGGAGGAGCCCCAGUCCCUGUCCCCCCAGGAGACACUGUGCUGGGCCGGGGACCACUGCUCGGGGUCAGUGAUAAAAGAGUUUCUCGGACUCAUGCUCUGCUGCAGAACUGUGAUGGAGAGCUGCGCCUCAAGUCUACUCACAUGAACCCAGUCUUCAUCCAGACCAGCUCCGAGUCCAGUCCAAGUCCCCUGACCCGGGACCAGUGGAGAGUCCUGCAGCCUGGGGACACCGUGUCUCUGCUCCCUGGACAGCUCUGCUAUAAGGUCCUGAAGAAAAGUGACCAGGGACCGGACCAGGGGCCGGACCAGGGGCCGGACCAGGGGCCGGACCAGGGGCCGGACCAGGGGCCGGACCUAAAACAAGACCAGGAUCUACACUCGGAUGUGACCCAAGGGACUGACCAAAGCAAUGGACACAUGGACGCUCAGAGAACGUCCUCUCCUAUUGGCUUAGACCGCACACAGACCCCGCCCACUCAGAACACGGACCAAUCACACAAAGAGAAGGAUACUUAUCGUCGGGAAAAGACCCCAGACCACGUGCUGCCCUCCCCCAGGACCAGAGUGCUGCCCGUCUGGAUGAUGUCUGCUGCAUCAAGUAUAAACUCCAGCCCACGGACAGUGGUGAAAAGAGGAAAAACAUCCUCCUCAACCCUCAGACAAACCACGCCCCCAGUGAUGUCACCAGCUCCCAGAGCCCUGCCCCCUGUGAUGUCAUCAUCAGAGGGGGCGGGGCAGAGUGAGAAGGAAGAGCAGAGGCCGAAGAAGAGGAGGAAGCUGAGUGCCCCAGCCUUAAGUCCAGAUCCUGACCCAAGUCCUGGUCCAGACCCUAGUCCGGAUCCAGGUCCAGACCCUGGUUUUGGACCAGGAGCAGGUCCAGUCCAGGACUCCACAUCUGCCCCAAAGAGACCACCCUGUCCCUACGGCAAAGACUGCUACAGGAAGAACCCAGUGCACUUCCAGGAGCAGAGUCACCCUGGAGAGCCGGACUACGAGGAUCCAGACCAGGAUCAGGAUUCGGACCAGGACUCAGAGAGACCCGAGUGUCCCUAUGGGACCGACUGCUACAGGAAGAACCCGCAGCAUCGGAAAGAGUUCAGCCACAGAAGACGACCAGUCCGUAGAUCUCGUGCCGCUGCCUCUAAACGUGGAGCUGAUGAUGAAGAGGAGGAUGAGGACGAGUACGAGAGCAGCUUCAUCGACUCAGGAUCAGACUAUGAACCUCCCAAAGAACAAGGCUCCAGUGAAUCUGAGGACCUGAGCCAAGAGGCCCGGGACCUCCUCGAGCACCGGAGGUGAAGAGGCCCGGGGCCUCCUCGAGCGCCGGAGGUGAACCAGGACUAAACCAGGACUAAGACUCUACACUAGAUUUGAAAACCACUUUGUGAAAGUUGAAAAUGUGAUUUUUUUAUAAAUGUGUGAAAUAAACUUGUUUUUUCUAAAUCC